CGAUCAGGUCGUGGACUACACGGAGACUAGAUAUAUGUACAAAAGGGAACUGGGUACUGAGCUCAAAUUUUGAGGGAAGGAGGUGUUCAUGGACUUGACCCUAGAAACCGCAGCUGCUGACCUCUGAACAGUGGACCCCGGGGAACAUGGCUGAGGCACAUCCGGCCUCCAGCUUGCUCUCUUCCUUGAGCUCUGACGGGGCAGAAGUGGCGCUCAACUCCCCGAUGUGGCAGGAGAUUUACCUUUCUGGCCUGCGCUCCUGGAAAAGGCAUCUCUGGCGUGUGUGGAACGACUUUCUUACUGGUGUGGUCCCUGCGAGCCCCCUCAGCUGGCUCUUCCUCUUCAGUACCAUCCAGCUUGCUUGGUCCCUCCAGCUGGACCCUUCCUUAGGACUGAUGGAGAAGAUUAAAGAGCUGCUGCCAGACUGGGCUGGACAGCACCAUCAGCUUCAGGGGCUCCUGGCAGCGGCACUGUUUGCCUCCUGUUUGUGGGGAGCCCUGAUCUUCACACUUCAUGUGGCUCUGAGGCUCCUUCUGUCCCACCACGGCUGGCUUCUGGAACCUCCUGGCACCAUGUCCUCACCCACGAAGACCUGGCUAGCACUGGUCCGAAUAUUCUCCGGGAGGCACCCAAGGCUGUUCGGCUUCCAACGUGCGCUCCCGAGACAGCCAGUACCCACGGUGCAGGAGUCCGUCCGCAAGUACCUGGAGUCCGUGCGCCCUGUGCUUGGAGACGACGCUUUCGACCGCACUGCGGCGCUGGCGAGCGACUUCCUGAGGUUGCAAGCUCCACGGCUGCAACGCUACCUGCAGCUCAAGUCCUGGUGUGCUUCCAACUACGUCAGUGACUGGUGGGAAGAGUUCGUGUACCUGCGCUGCCGAGGCUCGCUGAUGGAGAACAGCGCCUACUACCUGAUGGACUUUCUGUACGUCACACCCACGCCACUGCAGGCGGCCCGAGCAGGCAACGCUGUCCACGCCCUCCUCCUGUAUCGACACCUCCUGAGCCAGCAAGAGAUCCCACCGACGAUGCUGAUGGGGAUGCGGCCACUGUGCUCGGCCCAGUACCAGAGGAUGUUCAACACUACACGGGUUCCAGGGGUGCAGAAAGACUACCUCCGUCACCUCCAGGACAGCCGACACGUGGCCGUCUUCCACCGGGGCCGGUUCUUCCGUGUAGGGACCCACUCUUCCAAUGGCCUGCUGUCCCCACGGGCCCUUGAGCAGCAGUUCCAGGAGAUCCUGGAUGACCCCUCCCCAGCCUGUCCCCUUGAAGAACAUCUGGCUGCUCUGACCGCUGCACCCAGGAGUAUGUGGGCCCAGGUGCGGAAGUCAGUGAAGACCCAUGCUGCCGCUGCCCUGGAGGCCGUGGAAGGGGCCGCCUUCUUUGUGUCCCUCGAUUCUGAGCCCGCGGGACUGACCGGGGAGGACCCUGCCGCUUCCUUGGAUGCCUACGCCCACGCUCUGCUGGUUGGCCGUGGCCAUGACCGCUGGUUUGACAAAUCCUUCACCCUCAUUGUUUUCUCCAAUGGGAAGCUGGGCCUCAGCGUGGAGCACUCGUGGGCUGACUGUCCUGUCUCGGGACACAUGUGGGAGUUCACCCUGGCCACGGAGUGCUUCCAAUUGGGGUACACCGCCGAUGGCCACUGUAAGGGGGACCCGGACCUCACCCUGCCACAGCCCCAGCGCCUGCAAUGGGACCUUGCAGAGCAGAUGCGUUCUCCCAUCUCGCUGGCCCUGAGGGGAGCCAAGACCUUGGCUGACAAUGUCGACUGCCAUGUCUUGCCCUUUUCCCACUUUGGCAAGAACUUCAUCAAGUGUUGCCAUGUCUCUUCAGACAGUUUCGUCCAAUUGGUCCUGCAACUGGCCCACUUCCGGGACAGGGGUCAAUUCUGCCUGACUUAUGAGUCAGCCAUGACCCGACUGUUCCUGGAAGGCAGGACGGAGACGGUGAGGUCUUGCACGAGAGAGGCCUGUCACUUUGUGACAGCAAUGGAGGACAAGGAAAAGACAGACCAGCAGUGCCUUGUCCUGUUCCGGGUGGCCGUGGACAAGCACCAGGCUCUACUGAAGGCAGCAAUGAGCGGGCAAGGGAUCGACCGUCACCUCUUCGCGCUCUACAUCACUUCCAGAUUCCUCCACAUGCAGUCACCCUUCCUGACCCAGGUCCAGUCACAGCAGUGGCCGCUGUCCACCAGCCAGAUCCCUGUGCAGCAGACGCACCUGUUUGAUGUCCACAAUUACCCAGAUUAUGUGUCUUCUGGAGGUGGAUUUGGGCCUGCCGAUGACCAGGGCUACGGCGUCUCCUAUAUCUUCAUGGGAGAAAACACGAUCACCUUUCACAUCUCCAGCAAGAAGUCAAGCACAAAGACAGACUCGCACCGGCUGGGGCGGCACAUUGAGAAUGCGCUGUUGGACGUAGCCUCUCUGUUCCAGGCUGGGCAGCAUUUCAAGUGCCAGUUCAGUGGCCUUGGGGAGAACUUGGGAUGUAGACGUGGCUUUCUCUCCAGGAAGACUGUGGACCCCAAGGUCCCCUCAACCUCCACCAACAUUUGAGUCCCUCAGCAGGGAGCUGGUCUCCCUCAGGAAGUAGGGCACUGUUCCCAGGGCUAGGCUGGGGCAGACAGGGGUAUUGAGGGAUCCCCAAACCCACCUGGUAAUAAAGAUAUGUGAGU